UUCCGUCCGAGCGCCUGCGCGAGUCUCCGUCCGCGCUUGAUUUUCGCCGCUGGGAGUGUCGGAUGCGUUAACGAGACGCCGCCCGAGCCGUAGCGUGUGUUAACGUGUGCGUCGGGCGCGGCUCGCGGGCCCUGUGAGCAGCAUUGAUGCGGACCUCCGCCUGCGGGCAUUCACACCCGAGGAGCCGGCAAAGCACGCCUCGCCCCGACUGACAAGCAUCCGCCAUUGCGCCGAGCCACUUUGCCGCUGCGGCGCCCACCUCGGAAGCCAUCCGUCACCACCUGCGGAUCUCGGGUUUCUCGCAACGGUCAGCUUUGUGAGCAUGGACGACACACCGACAUGCACAAUUGGAACGGAGGCUGCUGCUGCGGAAGAGUCAGCCAAGAGGCAAGGGGGCACACGGGUAUUCAAGAAGAGCUCACCAAAUGGAAAGAUUACGAUGUACUUGGGAAAGAGGGACUUUGUGGACCACAUCACCAGCGUCGAUCCAAUAGACGGCGUAGUCCUGAUUGACCCAGACUAUGUGAAGGAACGAAAGGUAUUUGGACACGUACUGGCAGCCUUCCGGUAUGGCCGUGAGGACUUGGAUGUGCUGGGACUGACGUUCCGCAAGGACCUGUACCUGGCCUCAGAGCAGAUAUACCCGCCUCUAGCAGAGACUGCAGGACGACCACUGACGAGGCUGCAGGAGCGACUACUGCGCAAGCUGGGCCCCAAUGCAUACCCCUUCUACUUUGAGCUACCGCCACACUGUCCUGCUUCAGUAACCCUUCAGCCCGCUCCGGGGGACACAGGCAAGCCCUGCGGAGUCGACUAUGAGCUCAAGGGCUAUGUUGCAGACAGCCCCGAAGACAAGCCUCACAAGCGGAACUCUGUGCGCUUGGCCAUCCGCAAGAUCAUGUAUGCACCCAGCCGGCAAGGAGAGCAACCCAGCGUGGAGGUGAGCAAGGAGUUUGUCAUGUCACCCAACAAGCUGCACCUGGAGGCCUCCCUUGACAAGGAGCUCUACCAUCAUGGGGAGGACAUUGCUGUCAAUGUCCACAUUGCAAACAACUCCAACCGCACUGUGAAGAAGGUCAAGGUCUCUGUGCGCCAGUUUGCGGACAUCUGCCUCUUUUCAACGGCACAGUACAAGUGCACAGUGGCCGAAAUCGACUCCGAGGAGGGGUGUCCAGUGAGUCCGGGCUUUACGCUUUCUAAGGUGUACUACCUGCGGCCCCUGCUUGCUAACAACAAGGACAAGCGGGGUCUGGCGCUGGAUGGGCAGCUGAAGCAUGAAGAUACCAACCUUGCUUCAUCCACCAUAAUCACAGACCCAGCACAAAAGGAGAACCUUGGCAUCAUCGUGCAGUACAAGGUCAAGGUGAAGCUCUGCCUGGGGCCACUUGGAGGAGACCUGGUAGCUGAGCUGCCUUUCAUCCUGAUGCACCCAAAACCCGAAGAAUCAAGCCCGAUUCGAGUUGUCAGUGAACCCAAGGCUCCAGGCCCUGUACCACUGGACACCAACUUGAUUGAGCUGGACACGGAUGCUGCGGCCAGCCUAGAUGAUGAUGACAUCAUCUUCGAAGAUUUUGCACGGCUGCGGCUCCGCGGUGAGACGGACGCCUGAGGGGACUGCAGUCUGUGCGCUCCCUAAGUGCCAAACCGUCGACGAGCUUAGCUCCCGUCCCCCACCUUGACUGGCGGCUCCACUUCCUGGUGCACCGCCUCUGCAGGGUCUGUGCAAGAAGGCAAGGCUGCGGAUCGACAGUCUCCCUCCCAAUGUUCCCGUCCCUCACUGUGCAUCUUGUCCAAGGCAGGUCACCAAGCACCUUCAGGCAGGCAGUUCCAACAGCCGAAGGCGUUUGUGACACCUCCCAUUUGUGCUCCAGCUCCCUUCAGCAGUGUCCACUUAUCCGAGGCACACACCUUCCGAGUGGACUCUUGCGAUCAUGCAAGCUAUGGACGUCCAUCCAUCUAUGUUUUGGUGUAGAGCUUACUGCAGUGCGGCUGGAGAGGGAAAGGUGCCGCUGGAUGUACCGUUAAAGUGGCUGGCUCCUCUUUGACUGGUAUAAUGCACGCAUCUCGCAUUUCACUGAAGCACUUUGGCCACAUUAAUAUGCUUGAAAAAAAAAAAACACUAGCUUUAAUGUCCCGUCCUGUACACAUGCGACAGUGUUCAACGUCAUUCAAAGUCUUAUGGCGUACGCAUGCUGUGCGUGGUGUUCAGCAGCAGGCUUCCCUUCAGCUGCGCUGUGGGGAAAUGUGUGGCUUGUGAAUGUAAACUUUAGUCCCUUUUGCAAGUGCUCCUACGGCUGGCGGGCAAGAGCACCACCUCUGCCUGCACUGGCACUUUCAUACUGUAUUUUAGCGGCCAUGCUCAAGCUCACACCAGGUUCAUCAG